AUGAGAAGUCGCUGCCCGGGCCGUACUAAGUCAUCCACUGGCAGCGCUCAUGACUUGAAGCGCCAAUGUCCAUUCCAUGCUCGGAACGUAGGUGAGUCCGUGGAAAACGAUAUUUCAUGGACCUUAAAUAGGGGGACCGUGCAAUGCCCCUCUCCCUCUCCCCAAACUAGCUAUUCGCUGAGCAUCAAAUUCCCGCUAUGCAUAUCCCUGUAAACAUCAGCAAUGAAGUGACUGCAUUGACAUGCAAGACGCCAUCCCCUUCCACGAAAGACAUUAUUGCGUCAUUCCUACGUACGCUCAACAUAUCUGAGCCUACAUACGUGCAAGAUUCCGAACUACGAUCUCGAGUCAAGGCGAUUGUUGCAACAUGGGACUUUGUGGACCAAAUGCGUCCGCAGAUACUGAUGGGUGUUACACUCGCCGAGACCAGCUACAACCAUAUCACCAACAUCAAUGCCAGGGUCGGCAUCGCGCUGUACUGCGCCCUCAUCGCCUAUCUCGACGAUAUUGACCUGUUCAACUCGCUGUGCGCACGCGACUUCCCUCGCCAGUUAUGCUUCCCGUCACUAAAGGACUCGACCUUCGUCGUUGCCCUACGCGAGGUACUACUCGGGAUGUGGAACUGGUAUCCCGCGUUCGGGGCCAACGCCAUUUUCUACGGCGCGCUGGAGUACUUCAAUGGUGCCAUGCUCGAGGCCUCACCUUCCAGCAGGGCGUCCGAGGCUAUACGUCCGCGGACUUUGCCCUUUGUGGAGUUGAGAAGGAAUCUCAGCGGCAUCCCUGACCCGUUUGCAUGCUUCAUUUGGGAGAAAUCGGUGUUCCCGGACGAGAAGGUAUAUGCGGAACUGAUACCAGACACCCGCGUGUAUAUCAACUAUAUCAAUGACAUAGUAUCGUGCUACAAGGAGGAAUUGGACGGAGACACGGACAACUACGUCUACGCGCGUGCCACGGUCACAGGCAAGAACGUGUCUGAGACACUUCUCGAUGUUAUCGACGAAUGGUUCACCGCGAGGGACAGGAUCAGAUGGAUGCUUCCCGGUGGCCCCGCGAGAGAGGCAUGGGAUAGCUUCGAGACAGGCUUUGUCAGUCUGCAUCUCGUGCUACCGCGCUAUCGACUUCAGGAACUUCUCGGAGGGGAGUAUCUGGCAACAGGAGUGUAAAGAGAGGAUGCACAUGUCUCCACGCUACAACUCCAUCUACAUUUCAGUGGAAGAAUCACUGUGUCACAUUUCUUAGCACUGUGAUGCAAUGCGGCCCCCGGGUCGCCGUAGCAUGUACAUCAGACGAAUGAGAACCUGGUAGUAGAAAUCAGAGUCGAAAGCGCGGGGCGCUGGCCUAUCGAGCUGGACUACGCACCAUCUCGGUCAUGGACAUGGCAGUAUAGUAAACCCUUAAGAUGUAUCUUCAUAA